GCCGUGCCGGGCGGCGGCCACCUCGGAGCGCUUGGCGGCGGCUCCGGCCGCGGCGGAGGAGAAUUUUCCAGCCUGCUAAAGGUGCGGUGGAUAUGCUAGAAUGGACACAGAGGAUUUCCCUCCACCACCACCAGAAGUUCUAGAGCAUGAACCAAAAGCCGCGGGCCCGAAUGAUGAAGAGGAAGAUGAGGGAGAACAGUUUGAUUUUGAUAGUGGAGAUGAGAUACCAGAAGCAGACAGACAAGCCCUUGUGCCACCUAGUCCUGGUCCUGGAAAUUACUUAGAGCACCAAGAGGCUGGUGCUGCAGGAGAUAGUAAUUUAGAAAACACUGAGAAGCUGCAAACAUCAGAACCUGCUGCAGAAGGCACUCCAGCCAAAGUAAAUCCCUACUCAGUCAUUAAUAUUUCCCCAAUCCAAGAGAAGGAUCCAUCCUCAUCACCAGAACCAAGUCCUCCAGAGGAAUGUGCCAGUCCCAGCCUGUCUGGUGGAUAUUCUGUUCCUGUCCCCUGUGGAUAUGCUGUGCCAUCCAACUUACCUUUGAUAGUGCCAGCGUACUGCAGCCCUGUCAUCAUCCGCAGUGUUUCUGUAGAUGAAGAAGGUACACAGUCAGCAACUGAAGAAUGUCAUUAUAAUUCUGUAAACCUGGAGGACCCUCAGAAUAGUGAAGAUAACCAGACCAAGAAAGAGGAUGAUGCCCUGGCCAAAUGGGUUGCAGAUCCUGCAAAUACAGCAUGGAUGGAAAACCCGGAUGAGGUAAUUUAUGACGAUGUGCCAAGAGAAGAUUCAGACUCUGAACCAGAGGAAAUGAUUUAUGAUGAUGUUGAAAAUGGUGAUGAUGGUGGAAACAGCUCACUGGAAUACGGGUGGAGUUCAAGUGAGUUUGAAAGCUAUGAAGAACAGAGUGAUUCUGAGUGUAAAAAUGGAAUUCCCAGCUCCUUUUUGCGAGGCAACCACAAGAGACAUCUUUCUCAUGACCUAACGCGUUUAAAGGAGCAUUAUGAAAAAAAGGUGAAAGAUUUGAUGUCAAACACUGUGGGAGCAGUAGAGAUUCAGCAACUAAAGCAAAAACAUGAGCUGAAGAUGCAAAAGCUCAUGAGAGCUGCUAGAGAAGGUACCAAAGACGGACUUGAAAAGACAAAAGCAGCUGUGAAGAAGGGUCGUUCCUUUAUUCGGACAAAAUCUUUCAUUUCUCAAGAUCACAGAUCAUCUUGUCUGGAAGAAGAGGAGCAAAAUUUAUUUAUUGAUGUGGACUGUAUGCAUGCAGAAGCAAUUAUGACUCCUAUGCCUGAAGGAUUAUCACAGCAGCAGGUUGUGAGAAGGUAUAUUUUGGGCUCUGUAGUUGACAGUGAGAAGAACUACGUGGAUGCUCUCAAAAGAAUCCUGGAGCAAUAUGAGAAGCCCCUUUCAGAUAUGGAACCAAAGUUACUGAGUGAAAGAAAACUUAAGAUGGUGUUUUAUCGAAUUAAGGAAAUUCUUCAGUGCCAUUCGAUGUUUCAGAUUGCGCUGGCGAGUCGUGUCUCUGAGUGGGACUCUGUUGAAAUGAUCGGUGAUGUCUUUGUUGCUUCAUUUUCUAAAUCUAUGGUAUUGGAUGCAUACAGUGAAUAUGUAAACAACUUCAGUACAGCAGUUGGGAUUCUCAAGAAAUCUUGUGCCACCAAACCUGCCUUUUUAGACUUUUUAAAGCAGUGUCAGGAGUCAAGCCCUGAUCGCAUUACACUGUAUGGUUUGAUGAUGAAACCUAUCCAACGUUUUCCACAGUUCAUUCUACUAUUGCAGGAUAUGUUGAAGAAUACUAAUAAAGGACAUCCUGACAGAUUACCUCUACAAAUGGCUCUUACAGAGCUCGAGACAUUGGCAGAGAAGUUAAAUGAAAGGAAAAGGGAUGCAGAUCAGCGCUGUGAAAUAAAACAAAUAGCGAAAGCAAUGAAUGAACGUUACCUGAACAAGCUACUGAGCAGCGGGAACAGAUACCUCAUACGGACUGAUGAUAUGGUUGAGACAGUUUAUAAUGACAAAGGAGAAAUUAUUAAAACCAAAGAACGGCGCCUUUUCAUGUUGAAUGAUGUGCUGAUGUGUGCAACAGUGAAUAUUCGCUCUUCCUAUGAAAGCAGUGGCACCACGACAACUGGCCAGAGGUAUUUACUGAAGUGGAGUGUACCGCUGGGACAAGUGGACGUCAUAGAGUAUGGCACCAGUGAGGGCCAAGGAGACAACUGCAGGUUCCCACCCCAGCUCCCUGCUGAAAAUGUCAUCAUUAACUCUAAGCCAAACAAGCUCUAUAUGGGACCAGGGCAACUGUACCAUGAUCUGCAGAACCUUUUACAUGACUUGAAUGUACUUGGUCAAAUUAGCCAAUUAAUAAGCAGCCUUAAAGGAAACUAUCAGAACUUAAACCAAUCUGUAGCCCAUGACUGGACCUCAGGUUUACAAAAACUGAUUUUGAAAAAAGAAGAUGAAAUCAGAGCAGCAGAUCGCUGUAGAAUUCAGCUGCAACUCCCAGGAAAACAGGACAAGUCUGGGCGGCCAACUUUCUUUACAGCUGUGUUCAAUACAUUUACCCCUGCCAUCAAACAGUCUUGGAUCAACAAUUUGCAAAUGGCUAAACUGGCCCUUGCAGAGGAUAACCUGUUAGGUUGGUUCUGCAUAGAAGAUGAUGGGAAUCAAAUCAAAAAGGAAAAACAUCCUCUCCUUGUUAGACACAUGCCAGUGAUGAUGGCCAAGCAACAGGAGUUUAAGGUUGAAUGUGCUGCUUAUAAUCCUGAGCCAUACCUUGCUGGAGAAACAGAGGCCGAUUCCUGUGCUGUGGAACAUGGCUUUCUUUGGAUUGGCAGCUGUACUAAUCAGAUGGGCCAGGUUGCAAUAGUCUCGUUUCAAAGCUCAGGCCCCAAGGUUAUUGAGUGCUUCAAUGUGGAAUCACGGAUUCUCUGCAUGGUCUACAUACCAGAGGAGGAGAAGCUGAAAGAGCAAAACAAAGCUCCAGACUCUGAAAAUGUUCUUGCAAAAACUUCUAAUGUGCCUACUAUUUGCCUUGGCAUGGAAGAAGGAAGCAUUUCUAUUUACAAAAGUUGCCAAGGCUCAAAGAAAAUUCGACUUCAACACUUCUUCACUCCUGAGAAAUCAACAGUUAUGAGCUUAACGUACAGGUCUCAGUACUUGUUUGCUGGCUUGGUGAAUGGAAACGUCUCAAUCUACACAAAAGCAGAAGAUGGGACAUGGAACACAGAACCUCAGAAGAUAGUUAAAUUGGGUGUUCUGCCUGUUAGAAGUCUGCUUGUGAUGGAGGAGACCAUUUGGGCUGCAUGUGGUGGACAAAUUUUUAUAAUCAGCACUGUGACGCAUUCCAUAGAGAACCACUUUGAAGCCCAUCAAGAGGAAGGGAUGGUAAUCUCUCACAUGGCUGUGGCUGGAGUGGGAGUCUGGAUUGCCUUCACAUCUGGAUCUACCCUUCGACUGUUCCACACGGAGACACUGAAACACCUCCAGGAUGUCAACAUUGCCACACCUGUUCACAAUAUGUUGCCAGGGCAGCAGCGUGUCUCUGUGACCAGCCUCCUGGUGUGCCAUGGCUUGCUGCUGGUUGGAACAAACCUGGGGAUCAUUGUAGCCUUACCAGUGCCACGCCUGCAGGGGAUUCCCAAAGUAACUGGAAGAGGAAUGGUGUCAUACCAUGCACACAAUAGCCCAGUCAAGUUUCUUGUAACAGCUACAUCUAUAAACAAAAAGAACAGAAACAAACUGAGAAACAGCCUCCCUCCUGGCUCAGAACCUAGGGACGAUGACCAAAAGAACAUUCUGCACAGCGAACGGCCGGGCUCUUCCCUCAGUAACACCCAGGACACUGCAGUUUGGCUGGGGGAUUCUGCAGGCUCCAUUGCACAGAGAAGUGACUUGUCAUCAUCCUCUGGAUCCCUGACUUUGUCUCAUGGAUCAGGUUCCCUAGAACACAGACCAGAGGACAGUAACAUUUAUGAGCUUCUGAAAGAUCAAAAUAUCUCCUUUAAAAGUAAAAGACAGAAAUCUAAGAAAAUGAAAGCAAGUUCAGUAUUAGUAAUUUCUGGUGGCCAAGGACACAGAAGAGUGAACAAGAAGACCAAGCAGCAACGACAAGAUGAACUAGUGUCUUCAGUGAUGGUCUGGCAAAUCCCACUAUUAAAUAUCUAACUGAACUAAAUCCAAGAUUGUUUUUGGUAUUAAAAAAAAUGUGACAUCCUUCUGUGGCUAAUGCCAGCUUAGAACCCAAGCAGAUAGGCUUUAUAUACCUGGGAGCAAUUUCACUAGGCUUGGAUCACAGGAUCAAGGGUGCAAGACAGUCUUCACAUACUUAGAACAUUCUGCAGUGGUAGAGUAUUGGAAAAUGUUUGGCUAUUGGUGCUGUCUUUGAUACUCAGAAAAAAAGGAAUGUUAGGGACUUUAAAAUGGUUUUAGAAUCUCUUACCUUAUUUAUACUCACAUUUAUAAAUAUCUUAAUUAUGUUCUAUAGCACUUAGGGAAGGCAAGGAAGACAUGCCGUGUCUCACGCUGGUUUCUGCCUGCAUAAAUCAGUUGUUCCUACUUUUUCCAAGGUGACAUAUUGCAUGGAAGAGUAGAUUUUAAUAAAUUAACAAAUAUUUUAAAAUAAUAAGUAGUCUAAUGCGAGCUAGUACUAAUUUGGCAAGAAUUAUAAUAGUCUAAAACUUCAUUCCACAUACCAGAGUUUGGUUGGAACAAAACUGGCUAAAUUAAUUAAUCAGUAUUUGUUUAUUUCAACAUAGAACAUAGAUUUUUUUAAUAUUAAUUUGUAAUGCUCAGUGUUAUUAGAAAUGUUGCAGUACAAAAAGCACAUUAAUUUUCUUGGUAGGUGUGAUGUGUAUGCAACUUGGUUUUGUUAUGUAGAAAGUUGCAAGGAUACAAUGGCUUUGGGCAAAUAGAAAAUACAGAUCCAGGACAGCUAUGCAUUGUAGUGCUGCUAACAUCCUCCCUCUGCAACUCAAUAUCAAAGCUAAAAAUGGAUUGUAACCUUUUUAAGGAGGCAUGCACAUCCAGUAAAUUAAUAAUGAAGUUAUUAAUUAAGUCAUUUAUUGGGAAGAUAUAUAUACUAAUAUAGGAAUAAUUAUAGGAAGUACUAUCUAUAGGUAAUCACUACAAGUCCUAAAUUAGCUGAGUUGUGCUGUGUCCCCAGGCAAGCAUCUAUCAAAUACUGUCACGGUGCAACAGCCGAGAUAUGGUCAUA